CCCGGUUCAUUUUUUAGAUGAUAAUUUAUAAAUAUGAAAUUGUAUUACUGCUUCUAUGGAUGUGUACGUUGAACGGAAACUGUAAUAUCCCCCGCCCAGAGAUUUCAAAAGAUGGAAAAACCUGUAUAUUCGGACAAAGUGAAAUAAAACUGAAUGCCUCUGCCCCGUGUACGAAGGAAAUCGAAAGAAUGAUGAAGUUUAGCGUAGAUCUCACCAAUGCUCUUUGUAUCUGCUCCCUGUUACCGGAUCAUGGAAUUAUUGUGUCUGCAUCAAGAUCUGGAAAGACUAUUAGCCAAGGAGUUAGAUAUAAACUGGAGGAAGCAAAAAUAUCUAAAGAUUUGAAAACAUGCUUAUUUGGAAGCACUCGAGUCCCUGUUGGAGAACCUACACCUUGUAAUGAUGAAAUAGCCAGAAUUAUGCGACUAAAAAGUAACCUGACCAAUAAGCUGUGUACCUGCACUGUAAAGGGAAAAGGAAAAAUUCAUUUAACAGCUAUGGAACGAUCUGUAGUUAAUGCGACAGUGCAUGAUGUAGAAAGUGAAAGUAUGCCAUUAAAACCUAAAACAACAGAUAAGCCGGCAAAUCUUCCAAGAGGUUACAAUAAAAAUCCAGUAAAAGGAACCCCAACCAUUGCUGUUAGUGUUACAUCUGCAAUACCAGAAACCACUCCGAUACUAGAUACCACUCCUUUACCAGAAACCACUCCGAUACCAGAAACCACUCCGAUACCAGAAACCACUCCGAUACCAGAAACAACUUUGAUAUCAGAAACAACUGCUACGCCAGAAACUACUCCACUACCAGAAACCACUCCAAUACCAGAAACAACUGCUACGCUAGAAACAACCUCUAUACAAGAAAAUACUCUUACACCAGAAACAACUCCUUUAUCAGAAACUAAUACACCAGAAAGUACUUCUACCCUUGAAACUUCUUCUAUAUCAGAAACUACUCCGAUAUCAGAAUCCACCCAACUACCAGAAAUCACGGAAACACCAGAAACGGCAUCAAAACAAGAUACAGAUGCUACUUCUACUCCAAAUCAAACUUCCACUGAUGGGUUUUCCCCAGCCAACUUUAACAGAACAGAAAUUCCAGAGUACUCCAGCACUGUUCCAUCCGACGUUGAUAAAGCUGGAACACCAAAUGAUUAUGAAGAAGAAACUACAACUCCGAGAGGACAAGUAGGUGAAACUAUAACUCCUUCGACAGAAGAAGGUACACAAGACGAAACCACUCCAGGAUAUUUAUCAGAUUCUACAGAACCAGAAGAAGGAGAUGAAAAUGAAACAACAACCACAACUGAACCCUCAACUGAAGAUACAGAUUUGAAUGGAAGCCCAAAUGAAAAUUCUGACACUACACCAAAUGAAGAAAACAAGGAUAGAAGUCCAGAUGAACGUAAUCUCAAUUCAACAAUAACUGAAUCAGAAAAUAAUGCACGUAGUCCGGAUGGAGGUAAUCUUAAUUCAACUAUAACUGAAACAGAAUCAUCAGGGGAUGGAUCUCCCUUUUCAGUUUCUUCUUCAUCCAAUGCAUCAUCUUUCCCUGGAUCAUCAUCAUCAUCUUCUUCUUCUUAUACAUCAUCUUCCUCAUCAUCUUCUUCAGAUUUACCCGGGAGCAGUGGAGGCGGAAGUAGUGGAGGCGGAAGUAGUGGAGGCGGAAGCAGCGGAGGUGGAAGCAGUGGAGGCGGUGAAGGUGGAAACAGUGGAGGCGGAAGCAGUGGAGGCGGAAGCUUCAGUAAUUCGUCAAGCUCCGAAGGAGAGGACACUUUUUGUGCUAUUGGAGAAAUGCAAAUACCACUAAACUCAUCAGUUCCAUGUUCUUCCAAUCUAGAAGAAUUUAAGAAACUUUUUAAAACAGAAAAAGACAUUUCUCAUCUUAAGUGCACGUGUAGCAGAAAGAAAAAUGGAGGAAUCUCAAUUAAAACAGAAAUUGAUGAAUCACAAGCAACAGAACAGCAGAAGGAACAGGGGGCGCUUUCAGAAGAUGGUUUAUCUUGUGAGUUUAAAAAUCUGAGCAUGAAAGUUAAUGAGAGCAUGCCAUGUCCUCCUCAGCUAGCAAGGUAUUUUAAUGAAACAGAAGAUAUUAGUGAACAGCAUUGCACCUGUUAUGAAACUGCUAAUGGAGGAAUCCGAAUAUCUGCACAAAAGAUUGUAAUCACUGAGAAGGAGGGAGACGCUGUUAGUUCAACAAUAAAUGAAAACAAUGAAGCAAGUGGCAACUCUUCUGGCACUUCUAAAGUCACUGCAAACACCAGUACAAGCACAAGAUAUAAAGAAGUAAUUAAAGAUGAGAGUAAUGCAACUGGAAAACUAUCCGAAGAUGGCACCAAGUGUGAAUUUGAAAAUCUGAGUGUAAACCUAAAUGAGUCAGGACCCUGUGUCCCUGAAUUUGCCAGGUUCUUGAAUGAAAGUGAGGAUAUCCAUGAUCAAGAGUGUACAUGUUUUGCAAAUGGAAAAGGAGGAAUUACUGUAACUGCAAAAAGGAUUGUCGUGAAUGAAAAACCUUCAGACAAUGGCGGCGGAACUGAGGAAGAAGUAAAAGUUAUAGAAGUUGUAAAGGACCAGGACAACUCAACGGGAAAAAUGGAAAAAACCAAGACUAACAUCACAACAACAACUAUAACUAAGAAGGAAGUGAUUAAAGACAAAAAUGUGUAUUCUGGGAAGCUUUCGGAAGAUGGGUCAACCUGCCAGUUUGAGAAUCUGGAGAUGACUCUGAAUGAAACAAUUCCAUGCACUAAAGAGCUCUCCAGACUGCUUAACAAGGGACAAGAUAUGUCGAAUAUGCACUGCAUAUGUAUGUUGAAAGAAGACGGCAAAGGAAUCAAAGUAAAAGCAUUCAGUUUGGAAGGAAAAGGAGGUAAAUUGCUUCAUCCUAACAAUAUAAAGUUAUUAUAA